UCGGAGCGACGGUUGGGUGCGCGCGCCAGCAGCCGCCCGCCACGCCACGUGCCAGAGCCUCCGCUCGCCGCCAGAUGGUGAUGACUAAGCUGCUGCACGACCCGUUCGGGUCCUCCAUCCUGCUGCCCCCUCUGAAGCAGAGUCUCCUGCCCAGGGGAAACCUGCCGUCGCAGUUCAGCUCGGUAGGCAAGCAGCGGCCGCUGGAACUGCUAUUCGAAAACGUCUGCACAUCUGUCGGAAAGCAGCAGAUCCUGUCGGACAUAUCCGGCCAUGUCCGACCCGGGGAGAUUCUGGCCGUGAUGGGGCCCAGCGGAUCGGGGAAGACCACGCUGCUAAACGUGCUGUCUGGGCGGCUGCGGCCCGACUCGGGGGACAUCCUGCUGAAUGGCGACCCGCUCAACAAGUACCUGAAGCGCAAGGUCUGCUACGUGCUGCAGGAGGACAUCUUCUUCGCGCACCUGACGCUGCGGCAGACGCUGAUGUACUCGGCCCAGCUGCGGCUGCCUGACACGCUGACCCACGCGGAGAAGGUGCGCCACGUGGACCACAUCAUCACCACGCUGGAUCUGACGCGCUGUCAAGACACCCAGAUCGGCGAGUACAUGAGGGGCGGUCUGUCAGGCGGGGAGAAGAAACGGGCCAACAUCGGCUGUGAGCUGCUCACCAACCCGGCCCUCAUGCUCCUGGAUGAGCCGAGUACGGGACUAGACUCGAGCGCGACCUACAGCCUCAUCAAGAACCUCAAGGACUACGCCAUCAAGGAGCGCAAGACCAUCGUGCUGACCGUCCACCAGCCGUCCUCGCAGGUGUUCUACAUGUUUGACAAGCUGCUGCUCCUCUGCAAUGGGCAGACGGCCUACUUCGGCGAGGUGGGCAACGUCGUGAACCACUUCAGCGGCCUUGGUCUGGUCAUCCAGCAGCACUACAAUCCAGCGGACUUCAUCAUGGAGCAGCUGAAGACCACUGAGGAGAGCUUGCAGAAGAUCUUGGUGGCAGCGGCGGGCAUGCACGCCAAGGCUCAGCUGGCGUUGGAUACGCCCUACUCCAGUACCUGCAGUCUCUAUUCAUCCCCAUGCGCAGCCGACCGCAGCGACACCAGCGAUUCGGCGAAACCUUUAUGCGGAUGUGGACAAAAACUUAGUCGGUCAGAAAACGGCAAAAGUGGCUCGGAAUCCGUAGUAAAGCGGUGCAACAACUGCCGAAACAGCAACGUGUCGGAGCUACACAUCCUCAUAGAAGAUUCGGAACAUGGUCUGAAGCUAAACGCGGCGGGCAACGACCAGGACAGCGGAACGUCCACCUGGUCCAACGACACGCACAGCCAGGGCUCCGACGAGGAGUACUUCACCGAUCGGUGGCCCACCUGCUUCUGGACUCAGUUCAAGGUGCUGACGGCGCGGAACUUCCAGGAGGCGUGCCCUCGUGUGCUGAGCCGGCUGAACCUGGUGCUGACGGUGGUGCUCGCCCUGCUGGCCGGUCUGGUCUGGUUCCAGACCGAGCGCAACGAGGAGAGCAUCGCCGACUUCCAGGGCUGGAUCUUCUUCUCCACCAACUACUGGAUGCUCUUCUCGCUAUUCGGCGCCCUGUUUGCCUUUCCAUCGCAGCAGAAGGUGGUGAACAAGGAGCGAGCGUCCGGCUCGUACCGCCUCUCCGCGUACUACCUGGCGCGCAUGUUCGGUGAGCUGCCGCUGCUGGUGGUGCCGCCGCUGCUCUACUUCGUCAUCUCGUACCCGAUGAUGGGCUGUCGGUCGCCGGUGGCCUUCGUCCAGCUGCUGCUCUUUCUGCUGCUCAACAGUGUGGUGGCAGAGAGCGUCGGCGUGUUCUUCGGCGUGGCCUGCAUGGACUUCCAGGUGGGCAACACGGUGGGCGCCAUCUUCACGUGCGGCACCCAGCUGUUUGGCGGCUUCCUCUCCACGCACAUCCCCAGCUGGCUGAGCUGGAUGCGGUACCUCUCCAUGGUCUUCUACGCCUACCAGAACAUGCAGAUCGUCGAGUUCAGCAACGGGCCGGCCUUCAGGUGCGCCGCCGAGAACUCCAAGUUCGAUAGCUGCGUGUCGGGCAACUCAACCCACAUCGCCCUGGACGAGCUGCUGGGCCGACGCGGCGGCCAGCUGCCUUUCUGGCUCAACAUGGCUGCUCUGCUGGCUUUCAUGGUCGUGUUCCGCACGCUGGGCUACGUGGUGUUGCGCUUCUUCCGGACGCCGACCCACUGACGCCGCCGCCGGCCGCGUCCCGCGCGGGGAGCCGACGUCCUCCACCGGGCGAACUGCGAAACCCGCCGCGCCGGCGGCUGACCCGACGCAGCGCCCGGCUCGGGGACCGGCGCGCGGUCCCUGCGGCCGGCGCAUGGCACAUCGCCUGAGCCGUCGCGGCCGGGCGACGUUGCGACGUUGGCUGCUCCUCCUGGUGGCUGCGCGAGCCGGCUUGGACCGCCUGUCGGCCCUGUGUCGGCGGUAGGACUGCGCGUGGGCCUGUCGGCCCUGUGUCGGCGGUAGGACUGCGCGUGGACCUGUCGGCGCUGCGCAGGUGUCUUAACCCGACAGGUUAGCCGAGCCGCGGUGACGCUGUUCUCACCGGCACUGCCGAUGCGGCACAAGGAAAGAGAGACAGAGAGAGAGGGAGAGGGGGAGGGGGGGGGGGGGGUUCGUCUAAACGCCGAGUGAAUAUGUCAGCAGAAUGCUCGAGUGAAUAGAAGAGUUCGCCAUCGCCACCAUUAAGUGCUGCGUGACCACUAUUUUUCUAAUGUUUAACGUCUCCGGCGCGUGGCGUGUUUCCUGCUUCAUGUCAUGUGCCAACUCGGCGUCAGUGGGGUUAGGGCCGCCGAUCACGCCUGGCUCCGGCUCGCCGCCAGGCAGAGGUACUGGGUCUGAGAGGCGACGCCGCGUGCCGCCGGCCGCCACACCAGUCGUUUUAAGGACCAGUAGCUAGUUACCAUUUACGCGCCGGCACUGCGUUGUUUGCUGCGGCGGCCGCGGCCGUGUGUUGUUGUAUUUGUUGCGAUGGCGCCGGCAGCGUGGGGCCGGGAGACCGAGGCCCGGAGGGCGCUGACCCGGGCGACUCGGCCUCCGCGCCCGGCCGCCGGCCGCGGCCAUGUGUGAUAUCAUCAAUCAGCCUCAUCCAAUCAUUCACCCAUCUGUGCAUACCUCUUGUGGCCGCAUCGGCCCGGCGACCAGCCGGCUGAGUGCCGGCACGUCCCGGGGCCACCCGGCACGUCCCGGUACGUCCCGGUACGUCCCGGCACGUCCCGACACGUCCCGGCAUGUCUCGACGCAGCGUGGGAUCAUAUCAACUCGUAUGACGACUACGGCUGUGGGGGCGUGUUUUUGUACAGGGCUUCGGCCGGCCUAUGAGAGAGGCGCCAGCUACGAAGAAGA